GGCACCGGGCGGAAUGAGCGAGUGGAACCUCCAUGAGCCCCCUCUGGCUGGAGCUUGGGGGGACCCAGUGGGGGGACAACGAGGGGACCCUGGGGACAGCGGAGCCCCGGUGUCACCCCUCGGUCCCCUCUCUCCGCAGCGCAGCCCCCAUGACCCCCCCUCCGCGGCGGAGGCCCCCGGCGGGCAGCAGGAAGCCAAGGCCGGUGACCCCAAGAAGGAGGAGGAGGAGGAGGAGGAGGAGAUCGACAUCGACCUGAGCGCGCCCGAGACGGAGCGCGCGGCGCUCGCCAUCCAGGGAAAAUUCCGCAAAUUCCAGAAGCGGAAGAAGGAGUCGGGGCCCUGAGGGGGAGUCCCGGGACCCCCAACCCUCGUGGGGACCCCCGUGGGCAGGUCCCGCCCUGACUCCGCCACGCGACGGGGUCGUAGGGGAUGGGGGGGGAGGGGUCUCGGCCCUUCCGCACCCGGAGCCGGGACCCCGAGUGACACGGGGAGGGGGGGGGCUGAGAGGGGACACAGCCGGGUGUCCCCCGGAGGGGAGGUGGCCCUCGUGCGAGGGGGCGGCGUGGAGCCCCCCGAUUUCCCUGGGAAUCCCCGAUUUCCCUGGGAAUGCCCCGUUUCCCUGGGAAUGCCCAGGAAAUUGGGGCUCCCCACCCUCCUGGCACUGUCACCGCCCCCUCCCCACCCUCCUGGCACUGUCACCCUCCCCUGUUCCCCCACCCCCCUCCCCCCGGGGGGGUUUUUAGCCUGUGCAAAGAAUAAAGUGUGAAGAAGAGGA